GAGGAGGAGAAAUGAGUGUGAAGAGCUGAGUGGCUGGCUAUUCAACAGCUACAGAACUGAUUUUCGGCAUUGAGAGUGACAAUCCUGAAUGCCCUUGCAGGUGCUGUCACCCUCUGCUUGCUGGAGGAAAGCUAGGCAGACCUGGCUCUUGGCCCCUCAGCUCCUGGCCGGUAAAGAGGCUGAUUUGGAGAGCAGGGGCACAUGUCUGUUGCUCUCUUUGAAGAAACCCGGCAAGAUGUCAGACCUGCUCUCAGUCUUUCUGCACUGUCUUCUCCUCUUCAAGCUGGUGGCCCCUAUGACCUUUCGUCACCACCGGUAUGACGACCUUGUGCGGACCCUGUACAAGGUGCGCAACCAAUGCCCCCACAUCACGCGGAUCUACAGCAUCGGGCGCAGCGUGAACGGGAGACACCUCUACGUGCUGGAAUUCAGUGACUUUCCCGGGACUCACGAGCUCUUGGAGCCAGAAGUCAAGUAUGUGGGGAACAUGCAUGGCGACGAGGCGCUGGGUCGAGAGCUAUUGCUGCAGCUGUCACAGUUCCUGUGUGAGGAGUUCCGGAACCGGAACCAGCGCAUCGUGGAGCUCAUCCAGAGCACGCGCAUUCACAUCCUGCCAUCCAUGAACCCAGACGGCUACGAGAUGGCUGCUGCCCAGGGCCCAAAUGCAUAUGGAUAUCUCAUUGGCAGGAAUAAUGCAAAUGGAGUGGACCUAAACCGAAACUUCCCUGACCUCAAUAUCUAUUUCUACUAUAAUGAGAAGUACGGAGGCCCCAACCAUCACUUGCCUCUUCCAGACAACUGGAAAAGCCAGGUGGAGCCUGAGACCCGGGCGGUGAUCCAGUGGAUGCAGUCCAUCAACUUUGUUCUCUCGGCCAAUCUCCACGGCGGAGCAGUAGUGGCCAAUUACCCCUAUGACAAAUCCCUCCGACAUCGGCUCCGGAGUUCUCACCGCCCAACUACUACUACCCCCACGCCUGAUGAUAAGCUUUUCCAGAAGUUGGCCAAGGUCUACUCCUAUGCACAUGGCUGGAUGCACCAAGGUUGGAACUGUGGGGAUUAUUUUCCAGAUGGCAUCACCAAUGGGGCUUCCUGGUACUCUCUCAGCAAGGGAAUGCAAGAUUUUAAUUAUCUCCACACCAACUGCUUUGAUAUCACACUGGAACUCAGUUGCAAUAAAUUUCCCCACCAGGAGGAAUUAGAACGGGAGUGGCUUGGUAAUCGAGAAGCCCUAAUCCAAUUCUUGGAACAGGUUCACCAGGGUAUCAAGGGAAUGGUGCUUGAUGAAAACAAUAAUAAUCUCACAGGGGCUGUCAUUUCUGUCACUGGGAUUAAUCACGAUGUCACAGCAGGUGAACAGGGUGAUUACUUCCGGCUGCUGCUCCCAGGUACGUACACCGUCACAGCCACAGCACCUGGGUUCCACCCAAAGACAGUGGUGGCAACUGUGGGUCCUGCAGAACCAACACUGGUUAACUUCAAUCUCAAGAGAAGAAUCACACAAGCGGACGCUGGAAAGAGAACUCCCAUUGGGGGUCAGGGAGGCAGAGUGAAAGCCCAGCCCCGGACACCCAGAAAGAAGGACGCAGCUGUGAAGCAGCCACAUAGAGGCCCUGCCUGAAACCCGAGGACCCCAGGGUAGUACUUCACAAGGGCUCUGCUCCUGCUUUCAGAUCCCUUAGGGCAUGCUUUCUGGUUCAUUAUCUGGUACAUAUUUAAAUAUAAGCCUAUUCAGACUAA